AUUUUGUGUGUGAGUGCGAGCAGAGCUACUCUCACUUUCACUUCCUCGUCAGGAUGUUUGACAGCUAUACUUCCUCAUUCUAGUUUGACCGGGUUAGCUGUGUGUUCGUCGGUGUGACAGUCAUGAAGGACGGUGUCGGAGCAGGACAACAGGCGGAGGUAUCCCGCCAGGAGCUUUUCGAGGAUUAUGUGAACUGUUACCAGCUGUGUACAGAAGUUCGGCCGUGCCGCGAUGCCUCGCUGCUGAAGAAGGCGGGUCACUAUCUGCUUAGGGAACCAGAACCUAGAGGGACUUCCACAGUGUUCCCAGUCUACCAGGUUCUAACAGAGGGGUCUAGAGCCCCGAGCACAGACUACAGGAAACUCCUGUCUGCUGUCAUCAAAGCCGCCGAACUGCUGGAAACCCUCUGCGUCAAUCUGUUCCUCCAUCCCUGGAAGAAGGAAAUCAAGGCAGUCAAGACUUUUACAGGCCCAUUUGUUUACUGUCUCCUGCCAGUUCUCAGCAGUUCUACCAUUCAGUCAGUCCUGGCCUCUAUUGGCUACCUGCCCCAUGCUGAAACUCCUCAAAGUGAGUACAGACUCAGUGAGGAUGCUAACCCAGACAGAGCCAUGCUGGUGGGCUUUGAGCUGCUGCUGGCCAGGGUCGAAUGUUACCACCUCCUGGAGCUCCUGGAGAAGGAUCAGCUGGGACCUCAGGAGUGGCUGGAGGUUCUCCAGAGGAGAGCGGGGCCUACAAAACUGGAGGAACCUACAGAACCGAAGACAACAAUAGCACAAAAGGAAGAGGAGAAGAAGGGAGAGGCAGAUAGACAUAAGGCACCUCUAAGUUUGAGCCGCAGGCUUGGAGCGAAACCCCAGCCCAAGCCUCGACACUGUCACCGCGCCAGUGUAGACCAGUCCAUUAUGGAGAUGCAGCUGACCUACCCUGACCUGGCCUUCAGGGGCCGUCCUCUGCUCACGGACAAACCUCGCCGAGCAAACAGCAGCAGGAGCAGCAGCAGUAAAUCUGUUCACACUGCCAGCACUACUAACUAUAGUGACGACAUGAAGGCUGCUGAUCUCCCCACAAGAGAUUGUAUUAAAGGGACCAAAGCUACUGCUACAUCUAUCCGCAGUAGAAAUGAUGGCAGCAAAGCUGAAGAAGUGUUUGGCGACGAUGGCAGAAGCAGUGGUUGUAAUAAAAGGAACAGCGGUGGGACCGCCAUCAGCUGCAGCUUCAGUAACAGCGACGGAAGCAGUGCUGAUGAUGAGCUCAGUGGUCCUCAGGCCAUUUCCCUGCACAUCGUACUGAGAGCUGGAUCCACAGCAGAGCAGGGCCAGAAGCCUGCAGAGUCUCAGCCCACAGCAGAGCCUCCUUCCUGGAUACAACAGCAGACUGCAGCAGGCGACCCUCCCUCUCUGAGCUCCAUGGACGAGGAGCAGGAGCUGAGAAGGUUGGAAGAGAGGAUGGGCCAGCUCCGUGUGCAGGAGACUGAAGAGGAAGUGAAGAGAGGGGAGGAGAACACCAAGAAGGAGAGGAAGGUGAGCACAGAGCAGAACCUGAGGAAGCCGGUGACGGAGACGUGUCUAGCGCUGAGCCGUAGACACAGCAGAUCCUCUCAGAAGGAUCCUGUGGUGAUAAAAGAGCAGAAGCAGCCCACUGUGGGCCAGCCCUCACUGCCGACCGUCGGCUCAGCAGACUGUCAGAGCUGUAAAGAGGGAGGCAGCGCAGGGCAGCUGGAAGAAGAUACCGUCCGAAGAGAGGAGGAACAGCUGGCACAGAGCUUUGUUAUAAUCGAUAAUCACAAGAAAUAAAGUGCUCUCCGGGUUCAUUUACAUCUACUGUGAUGUAUAAUGACAAAACUACUGAGCAUACAGCUGGGUCGGUCUGUAAGCCAAUUUUGAACAGCUCUCAGGAAUUGAUUCAGCAGCUUUGGGUGCACAGUUUGUUUCCCAUAUUUGGCUGUUAAGUUGCAUUCAAACCUCCCAUUAUUCUGACUUGGGAGUGUUCACAAAGUAUUCUAGGACGGUUACCUUUAUUGCAACUCCUGUUGUCUAUCCAUAUAAAUAGUCUGUGAAACCAGAUAGAAGACAGUGCAGAAGUCCAGUUCAAUUACACUAUAUGGACAAAAGUCCUGGGACAGUACUGUUUCAGUGUGACGAUGCACCUGUGCACAAAGCCGGCUCCAGAAAGAAAUGGUUUCCCCAAUUUGUUGUGGAAGAACUUGAGUGGCCUGCACAGAGCCCUGAGCUCAAACCUAUCCAACACCUUUGGGGUGAACUAGAACGGAGAUUGGAAGCCAGGCCCUCUCGUCAAACAUCACUCUCUGACCUAACAAAUGUUCUUCUUGGGCAAAAAUUCCCACUAGCACACUCCACCAUCUUGUAGAAAGCCUUCACAGAAGAGUGGAAGCUGUUAUAGCUGCAAAGGGGGGACCAGGUCCAUAUGAAUGCCUAUGGAUUUAGAAUGGGAUGUCAUAAAAGUAAUGUAGGUGUCCCAGUACUUUUGUAUACUAUAAUAUAGUGUAGCUGAAAUGCCUGUUAAUAUUGGUAUGAAGGCUUUGCAGCUGCUUUGUCAGUUUUUUUGACACUUCUGUAAUAUGGAAUCUGUCAGAAAUAUCUCAGACUGAGAAUUAAUCUUAAUUGUAUUAUAUAAAUUGCAGGUAUAUUUAUAUGUAGUACAUCACUGAGUACAGUGCACAUGUUUAAUGUUAGUCUGUGUAUUAAAACACCUGUCCGUUAAUUGGAGAGUAAUAGCAGGCUGCAGCUGUUAAUUAAAAUUGUGAAUCAGAAUUUGCCUUGUUUAAACAAUUCACGACGCUGACUGAGCAGCAGAUCAGAAGCCUUAUGCUACUUAAAAUGUCUGUUCAGGUCAUAUCCAACACUUUGCUGUCCUCUCAGUUUGAAUUUUCCAAAAAGUGAAAAACAAACUGCUAUAAAAAUAGCAACAGAAACCAAGUUGCUUCCUCAAAUUUAGUGAAUUCCUCUCACCCCCUCAACACAUUGGCCUGUACGUCCACUCAUGCUCUGGAAACCUGAUUAUUGCUCAUGCCUUUGGCCUUACUGUAGAUUAAUUACAGCUCAGAUGCUUGGUUUAGUUGUUGAUUUCAUUAAUCAUCAUGCUAUCGUGAAUCAAAGGAUGAAAAUAAAUUCAUCAGUUCAUCAUCAGUUCAAUUCAGUCAUUUACAUCACUUAUGUAAUUUGAAACCUACUGCUGAACAGGAUGUUUCAGUCCACUCAGGAAGAUAUGUAUAUAGAUAGAAUAUCAAUAUUGCAAAUUAAGCCUAGAUACUGUUUGAAGUAUGGUUGUCACAGGGGUUUGGGUUAGGGUUGGGGUUCCAAUGUAAGUUCUAAGAAAACUUCUGCCAUUAUUUUUAUGAAAUAACAUAAUUUCUUCUGUCUUCAAAGUUUUGGUGUGAAAGGUCGGCCUUUGUCAUUGUCUUAUUCUAACGGUGGAACAGUGGAGAGCACCGUGGCCUCACAGCAAGGUCUGGGUUUUGAUCCUUAGUUGUUAUUUAAAUGGUUUCAGUCCCAGUUGUAUGAUCAUCGGGUCAUCCUAAGCCUGAAAUAAAAGUCUGAUGGGGAUCAAAACAUUCCAGCCUAAUAAAAUAAAUGUGUGGUCUGGAGUUAGCGUGCAGGCUUUACUCUUUUCAUUGAUACUGAUCUCCUGGCCAAAAGCACCAGAGCCUUCAAUCAAAUAUUUGUUCAUGGGAACAAUAUAUAUGUAACAAAAUAAUCAAAGCCCAAAUGUGCAUUUGGUAGUUUUCUGAGCUUCUAACUACAUGUCACAGCCCAGCCAUGUACCAGAGGGACUCUCACCUGGAUGGACUGUAAGAACAUCAAGCCGACCUCAAGUAGUCAGCACCCACCACAAACCAUUCAACACCUUAAUGGCCUUAUAAGUUUAUUUUCUCAAUAAACAAAAACUGUUUGCAAA